AUGGCGUGGCGCGGCCCGCUCGGAGCCGGAGAGGCCGGGGACAGCGGCCUCGAGCUCAGCCUCGGCCUCCCGGCCUACUUCACCAAGCCAUCAGGUUUGGACGCCGCCGGCGAGGAGUCCGGUGAGGCCUCUGCUUUCGCUCUCCAGGCUGCCAAAGGGAGCAAUGGCUCAAAGGCAAGGGUUAGGACAGCAGCCGCGGCGCCGGUGGUGGGGUGGCCGCCGGUGCGGUCGUUCCGGAGGAACCUGGCCUCGUCCUCCUCCAGGCCGUCGCCGCAGUCGUCGUCGGGUCACCACCGUCUCCACAAGGUUCAGGACGGCGGCGGCGCCAUGGACGGCGCGCACAAGGGCGGCCUGUUCGUGAAGAUCAACAUGGAUGGCGUGCCGAUCGGGCGCAAGGUGGACCUCACCGCGUACGGCGGCUACGCCGACCUCUCCGCCGCCGUCGGCAAGCUCUUCCGCGGCCUGCUCGCCGCUCAGAGGGACCCGGCCGCCACGGCGGAUGGCGAGGAGGCGGAGGAGGUGGAGGAGCCCGUGAUCGGCGGCGACUACACGCUGGUGUACGAGGACGACGAGGGCGACAGGGUCCUUGUCGGCGACGUCCCCUGGGAGAUGGUGGCGUCAAUGGGUAUCCCUGCCAAGGGUGGGUUCAGCUUCGAUCUGUGCGCGAGGAAUGAUAUGCUGGAGAAGACGGGCCUCAAGAUUCCCGUUUUCAGAAAGACCGGGACUACAAUUGUCGGUCUAGUUUUUUCGGAUGGUGUUGUUCUUGGUGCAGACGCAAGGGCAACUGAGGGGCCUAUAGUCGCAGACAAGAAUUGUGAGAAGAUUCAUUACAUGGCACCAAAUAUCUAUUGCUGUGGAGCAGGAACUGCUGCUGAUACAGAGGCUGUAACAGAUAUGGUUAGCUCCCAGCUGCAGAUCCAGCGUUACGCAACUGGUCGUGAAUCAAGAGUUGUAACAACUCUUACACUUCUAAAGUCACACCUUUUUAGAUAUCAAGGUCAUGUUAGCGCUGCCCUUGUUCUUGGUGGAGUUGAUUGUACUGGACCACAUCUACACACAGUUUAUCCACAUGGUUCAACAGACACACUACCAUUUGUCACAAUGGGUUCUGGGUCCCUUGCGGCAAUGUCAGUUUUUGAAGCAAAGUACAAAGAAGGGCUCACAAGGGAGCAGGCAAUACAACUUGUAUCAGAAGCUAUUUGUGCUGGCAUCUUCAAUGACCUGGGCAGUGGUAGCAAUGUUGAUGUUUGUGUAAUUACCAAGUGUUAG